UUUAAUCUGCACUUCUGGAUUUCAAGUGCCAAUCCAUCAGCAUUCCUGAGCUCUCUUCUAGCAAGCUUCAUCUCUGUUUAUCAGAGAUCUUAUACAUUCUGCCAUUGUCUCUGGGAGUGAGCGAGAGCAAGAGCGAGAGAGAGAGACAAUUAUGAUGGAUUGUAAGAAACUGGAGUCAAAGGAAGAAGAAACUUCAAGACAUGUAGUAGUAGAGACAGAUGAUUACCUGAAAAACAGCAAUGAAUUGGUCGAGCUGACCAAAACUCGUCUCAUGAGAGCAUUUGUUGAAGCCCAGGAUCCCUCCUCCAAGGUAGUGGAUGAUCUGAUGUUAAGAAGGUUCCUACGUGCUCGUGAUUUAGAUGUAGAGCAGGCAUCAGCCAUGUUCCUGAAGUACUUGAAAUGGAGACAAGCUUUUGCUCCUAAUGGUUCAAUUUCUGCUUCAGAAGUACCAAAUCAAAUUGCACAGAACAAGAUGUUUCUACAGGGAUCAGACAAGAGAGGAUGUCCAAUAGCAGUUCUGCUAGGUGCUAGACAUUUUCAAGUCAAAGGGGGCCUCAAGGAGUUCAAGCGUUAUGUAGUCUACGCUUUCGACAAGAUAUGUGCAAGGAUGCCACCAGGACAGGAGAAGUUUAUCUUCAUCGGUGAUCUUGAGGGUUGGGGAUAUUCAAACAGUGAUAUCCGAGCAUACUUAGGAGCUGUAUCCAUUUUGCAGGACUACUAUCCAGAAAGAUUAGGGAAGAUGUUCGUUGUCCAUGUGCCUUUUUUGUUUACGACAGUUUGGAAAAUCAUUUGCCCUUUCAUUGACAACAAAACUAAGGAGAAGAUAGUAUUUGUUGAGAACAAAAUGCUAAAAUCAACUCUGCUUGAAGAGAUUGAUGAAAGCCAACUUCCUGAAAAAUAUGGAGGAAAACUGACAUUGGUUCCUAUUUAGGAUGCGCACACUGAUUUCCAUGCCAAGAGGAAAAAGUAAACAAGUCAUGACAAAAUCUCAUCUGUCUCCAUAAAUCUUUGUAUUGCAAGGAUUGACAUGAUUAAGUAUUCAAAAUAAUGGAUAAGACCCCUUAAUGAAUGCAUGAACUUUUCCUACAUUGUUUACUGGACCAUAUAUAUGUAUGAUUUAAGCUUCAGAUGUGGAAAUAAACAUAUAAGUAUUCAAAAUAAUGGAUAAGACCCCUUACUCA